GACCUGCGGCUGGAGGCGCGGGCCGCAGGCCGGCGCGGAGGAUGCACGCGGGGGUCCUGGGCCUCUCCACCCUGCUGCUGGCAGCCGACCAGAGCGCGCGCCUCUACACUGUGGUUUACUACUUCACCACAGGCCAGCUCCUGCGGGGGUGGCUGGUCCUUUCUGUGCUACUGCCUGGCUUCUUGGUCCAGGGCCUGAGCUAUCUGUGGUUUUGUGAAGAUGGACAUCAAGGUCACUGCUUGCUGGUGCUGCACCUGCUACAGCUUGGCGUGUGGAAGCGGCACUGGGAUACCGCCACAACUGGUCUGAGGCGGGCAGGGGUGGCCACCUGCCCAGGCCAGCUGCUGCUGCAGGAAGCUGACCUAUCGGCUCUGCGCCUCUUGGAAGCCCUGCUCCAGGUCGGGCCCCAUCUGUUGCUUCAAACAUAUGUCUUCCUCGCCUCGGACUUCACUGAUGUCGUGCCAGGUGUGAGUGCCCUGUGCUCCUGGUCCGCACUGUCCUGGGCCCUGGUGUGCUAUGCUUGUUUCAUGGGAUCCCUAAAGCUGGGUCACCUGGCUGCACCCUGGACAGCCCUCAGCUGCCAGCAGCUCUGGAGGAUGGGCAUGGUGGGAGCCCGCGUCCUGAGCCUGGCGCUAUUCUUCAAAGCUUACCACGUCUGGGUUUUGGUUGUUGGAGGUGCCCACUGGCUGGUGAUGACAUUCUGGCUCGUGGCUCAGCAGAGUGACAUUGUGGACAGCACCUGCCACUGGAGGCUGUUCAACCUGCUCGUGGGGGCCGUGUACAUCCUCUGCUACCUCAACUUCUGGGACAGCCCUUCCAGAACCAGGAUGGCCACCUUCUAUACGAUUAUGCUUCUUGAGAACAUGAUCCUCGUGCUGCUGGCCACGGACUUUCUCCAGGGGGUGUCAUGGACUAGCAUGUGGACCGCAGCCGGGGUCUUGACCGGAUUUCUGAUCGGCAGUAUCUCACUGGUCAUUUACUACAGCCUGCUACAUCCUAAAUCUGCAGACAUCUGGCAGGGCUUUGUGAGGAAAUCCAGCAGCAUUGCAGGGGGUGAUAAAGUGGUGGGAGACCCUUCUCCAAGGGCCCAGGGUCCAGCUGGGAAGAGGCCAGAGAGCUUGGGCAUGUUUCCAGAGGAAAGUUAUGAGAUGACAAGUCUGGGGAAGCCCCCCAGCCCACAGUGGGGUCUCCCAGAGGCUGAGCAGGAAAGCCAGAUGGCCAGGGAGGACUCUUUCUUCAGUCACCACCACUGGCUCUUGGUGAAGCUUGCCCUAAAAACGGGAAAUGUGUCUAAGAUCCAGGCAGUCUUGGGAGAAGGCAACCCUGGCAGCUUUGGUUCCCCUGCAUGGGGAUUGAACCAGCACUGCAACCAGCAGGGGAAGCCCCCGUUUUCCCAGCAAGAGCACCCAUUGUCACCCCAGGACACCCUAACCUUAGAGAAAGGCUCUGAGUUUCAUGUUGUCCCCAAAGCAGAGGCUGACCCAUUGGAAAUCUCAAGUUACGACUCUUUUACCAGCGAUAAUCCUGACAAAGCUCCUACCCAGAAGGCAUCAGCUACAUGGCAGGAGGGCAACCCCGAGGGAGGAGCCAGGGAUGCUUCUGGGGUGCAGAGGAGGGGUGGAGGGGGAACAUCAGAGGGCUCCACUCUGUACUUCAGUGCCACUGCUGAAGGGGCCACGUCCUCAAACGAAGAAGGCAGAGAGGGACCUCUGCACAAGUCCCACUCUGGGAGCACAUUGGGAAGGGGCCGCCCCGCCCAGCCUCCCUCCCCUCUGCCGGCCACUAAGCCCUUUCCCGUCACCAUGGCCAACAUCAGCCCCAUCUUAGGCCCUGGCUCAGGUAGAAGCUUCUACCCCAGUGGCCGAGCCCGGGGUGGCUCACAGCCUGCAGAGCAGCAGGGGUCCAUGGGGGACUGGGGCCAUCCUACCACUGCUGGCACACUGACAUCACUGCUGAAGGUGAGCCUGAGGCCAGCCGACGAGCCGUGCCUCACAUCCACCCCCAAGUCGGAGUCCACCCGCAGGGACUGCAGCUGGCGGGAAAGGCUGAAGACCGAGACAAGCUUCUUCAUCUGACCACAGUCAUGUGGAGUAAAACCACCAGGCAGAGCACCAAGCUGGUCAUUGAUGUCAGGAUAGGAGAAAUCCCACUUCUGACAACUGCACCCCCUGCUGACCUCUAUCAGCACAGCUGAAAAAUGAGGGAACCAGAUUAUGUUAUUUCUAGACUCCCCUGCAAACACUGUGUGCCAUACAUAUGCAUAGGAGUCAUUCUCCAAUAUAGGGUGGGAAGUGCAGUUAAGGCUUCCAACCAAAACUGACUGCUUCUGUUUACAAACCAGGUUUUUUUUUUUU